GUCAGGCGCACUCAUUGGUUGUUCUAUUUGUUGUUUCCGUUGACGUAGCUCAUGUUUUUGUCACGUCUUAGAGAGAGCUCUGUUUAGUUAGCGGAAUUCAAGCAUAACGCAUUUGGAUACACACCGGUCAGCGAUGGCGUCCGACUCCCCGCGCAGACCGAGUCGCUGUGCUGGAGGGGUUGUAGUUCGAGCCCAGGCUGCUACGGAGCAGACUUAUAUGGAAAGUGUAGUGACUUUUUUGCAAGAUGUGGUCCCUCAGGCCUACACUGGGACACCUCCAACAGACGAAAAAGAAAAGAUCCUUUGGGUUCGUUUUGAAAAAGCAGACAUUAAUGAUGUGGCCCGCUCACCAGAGUUCCUGGAGAUGCACGGCAGCGGUGUGGACCCACCUCUUUGCCUGAUGAUUGGUUAUACAGACGGAAUGCAAAUCUGGAGUGUAUCACUGACUGGAGAAGCUCAGGAGCUCUUUUCUGUGCGGCACGGUCCAGUGCGAGCUGCUCGUAUCCUCCCGGCCCCUCAAAUCAGUCCCCUGAACACUGACAGCUUUGCAGAGAAGCGGCCCCUCCUCGGCGUUUGCAAAAGCACAGGCUCCUCGGGGACCAGCCCUCCUUACUGUUGUGUGGACCUAUAUUCUCUAAGGACAGGAGAAAUGGUCAAGUCAAUCCAGUUUAAAACACCUAUUUAUGAUUUACACUGCAACAAAAGGAUUCUUGUCGUCAGUCUUCAAGAAAAGAUUGCUGCCUUUGACAGCUGCACUUUCACAAAAAAAUUCUUUGUCACAAGCUGCUAUCCUUGUCCUGGUCCCAACCUCAACCCCAUAGCAUUAGGAAGCCGGUGGUUGGCUUACGCUGAAAACAAGCUGAUCCGGUGUCAUCAGUCCCGUGGUGGGGCAUGUGGAGAUAACUCCCAAUCCUACACUGCUUCAGUCAUCAGCGCUGCAAAAACACUAAAGACGGGGCUGACGAUGGUGGGUAAAGUAGUCACCCAGCUUACAGGCACACUGCCCUCUGGAGCUCCAGAUGAAGAGGGUACAGCUCACAGCAGCAGCCGCCGCAGCCCUCACCAACCCGGCGUGAUUACUGUCAUAGACACACACAGUGUGGGAGAGGGACAGGUGCUUGUGAGUGAAGACUCCGAUGGAGAGGGAGUGGUCGCUCAUUUUCCAGCUCAUGACAAACCCAUAUCCUGUAUGGCGUUCAACCCGAGCGGUAUGUUGCUGGUGACUGCUGACACAUUAGGGCAUGAUUUUCACGUGUUUCAAAUCCUCACUCACCCGUGGGCAUCGUCACAGAGUGCGGUUCAUCACCUGUACACCCUCCACAGAGGGGAAACUGAGGCUAAGGUGCAGGACAUCUGCUUCAGUCCUGACUGCCGCUGGGUGGUGGUCAGCACGCUGCGUGGCACUUCACACGUCUUCCCCAUAAACCCGUACGGCGGUGCUCCAUGUGCCCGCACACACCUGUCCCCACGUGUAGUGAAUCGCGUGAGCCGCUUUCAGAAGAGCGCCGGCCUCGAGGAGAUCGAGCAAGAGCUGAACAGCAAGCAGGGUGGUCGCUGCAGCCCCAUCGCCGGCCUCUCCAGCAGCCCGUCCGGCUCGCCUCUACACGCCAAACUCACCAACCAAGAGUCCUAUAACAACUUCACCAACAACAACAUGGGGAAUCCGCGGCUGUCUCCUCUGCCAAGCCUGAUAGUGGUGCUGCCGCUGGCACAGAUUAAACAGCCCAUGACUCUGGGCACCAUCACCAAGCGCACAGGACCCUACCUCUUUGGGGCAGGAUGUUUUUCCAUUAAAACUCCAUGUAAAGCCAAGCCACCACCCCAGAUCUCUCCUAGCAAGUCUAUUGGAGGGGAGUUCUGUGUAGCUGCUGUGUUUGCAUCUUCACGCUCUUGGUUCAUCACUAACCCCAACAUGAAGAGAGAAAAAGAUCAGUCUCGCCAGGCUGUGGUUGAUUCUCUCUAUAUCGCAAGCUGCUAUGGUACUCUGGUAGAGCAUGUGCUGGAGCCUCGGCCAAUCAGCACAGCGCAGAAGAUAGGUGAUGACACACCUCUGGAGUUAAACACCUGCCCCAGGGCAUGCUGGACUUUGGCCAGAACGCCACAGUGGAAUGAGCUACAACCUCCUUUCAGCAGCAGCCACCCCUUGGUGCAGGCCUCAGACUUGGUGCAGUACUAUCAGAACCUCCUGGCUGGCUUGUUGCCUCCAGGAAGCCCGGGGCCCAUCACUAGGCAGGGUUCCUAUGACAGCCUGGCCUCGGACCACAGCAGCCAGGAGGAUGAAGAGUGGCUUUCUCAGGUGGAGAUAGUGACCCACACUGGCCCUCACAGGCGGUUGUGGAUGGGUCCCCAGUUCCAGUUUAAGACCAUUCACCCAUCAGGCCAGACCACAGUCAUCUCUUCCAGCUCAUCUGUGCUGCAGUCCCAGGGGCCCAGUGAUACCCAGCAGCCCCUGCUCGACUUUGAUACUGAUGACCUGGAACUGCACAGCCUGAGGAUCCAGCCUGUGCGCUCAGAGCCUAUGACGAUGCCCGGCUCCACUUGCCUGAUUCCAGAGCGUGUAGGCCAGGCUACAGUCAUUGAUACCGGCUCAGGCACAUUUGACCACAGUGUGACCCUGCUGGAGGUGUGUGGCAGCUGGCCCGAGAGUUUUGGCUUGCGUCACAUGUCUUCUGUGGAUGCCACAGACGAGGGCUUGAGGGAGAGGCUUGCUGAAGCCAUGUCUGAGUCACCCAGCAGAGAUAUUGUGGGCUCUGGAACAGCGGAACUGCAGAGGGAAGGCAGUAUCGAGACGCUGAGUAACAGUUCAGGCUCCACAAGUGGCAGCAUUCCUCGUAACUUUGAAGGUUACCGCUCUCCCCUGCCGACCAACGAGAGCCAGCCGCUCAGCCUUUACCCCACAGCUUUCCCCUAGAGCAGCUUCUCCUCUGUGAAAACCUUUCCAUCUCAUCACAGGGAACUGCUUUUCUUCAUCUGUCUGGGUAGAUUUUGUGGCGCGCAAUGUUGACUUCUCCUUCCACCUAAUUAACGCUGAAGCGAAAAUCAGUGAAGAUCCUUUCGCAUCAGAGCGGAAAUGGAGACAAGACCUGCAUGCAGGCUUUCAGUAAACGUGCCACUUGAUUCUUACUUCUGUAACAAACACGUUGUCUUAUGUGGUGUGUGUGUGUGUGUGUGUGUGUGUGUGUGUGUGUGUGAGAGAGAGAGAGAGAGAGAGAGAGAGAGAGAGAGUGAGUGAGUCAUCUCUUGUGAAGGCCAUCACAGCUGCCAUUUUGUCCCUUUCUCAAAUACAUGACAUUAAAUAGUUAAAAAAAUAUUGUGUGCAUAGACAUGUUUAUGCCAAUAUAUCCUGGGGCAUUGGAGUGUAGUUCAUGCCAUAACUUUAUGUAUGUGUUUGUUAUUCAACAUGUUGUUUGUGUCUUGAUUUCCUCUCAGUCAAAAGUUUGGACAUGUUAGACUGAAUAUGUAUUUUAUGACAUUUCAAUAAAUUUAUUUCUAUGGAAAUUUAAACAGUGAAGUUAAACCCCAUGUAUGAUUGUAUUUCUGGAUCAAUAUGUAAUUUUAAUAAGUAGUUGAUUUUAGUUAGAUUUUUUUUAAAUUAAAUUUCUCCAAAACAUGUAGAACAUGUUUAGAACAUGUUCAUAUGGAACAAAUGCUCAGCCUUUUGGAAGAUUUUAAGAAACAUCUAAUGGGUGUAGCUCCUUUAUGAAGACACCAGGAGUGUGCAAAGAUUUAAACCAGUGUGAAAUAACAGAACUACAGAAUUUAAAAUGUAAAAAAAUGGAAUCUUAUAACACUUUCUGGUCACUGUAUAAUUCCAUAUGUUAUAUCACUGUGCAUUAUCAAUAGCAGAAAAUAGUAAACCUGUAGAAAAUGUGUCCAAGUGCUCAUAUGAGUGCUAGUGUACAUUUAAGAGGAAGAUCAGGCACUGCAUUGUAUGCACAAUUACUUUGGCUGAAUCAUAAUUAUGCCUUUGUAUUAUGUUCAUAUGUGUAUUAAUUAUACUAUUUACAUUAAAUAUCAUUUUACGAUCAUCCAAAAUCAUACAAAAUCUUUACAUUUAUAUAUCAUGACAAAAAAUACUUUUGAUCUAUUUUAGUAUUUAAUUACUUGAGGGGAAGAAGUAUAAAUAAACUGUUGGGGUCUUUUCUUCUGCAUUUACUAAUGUUACAUAUUAUUUCUCAGUCCAUUUAAGUCUCUCUUCCGUUAAGUCCAAGAAUGGAUUUUUUCCCCUUUGUGGGGUUAGUGCUUUUGAACUAAAGACAGAUUAUGUGUGGCUUUGUUAUGUUGUGCUUUUUAAAUGUAUUGAUUACUGCAGGUUUAAUUGUUUCCCAGUAAAUGAGCCACUAAGUGUUAGUUUCCUUCUAAAUUUUUUAGGCUAUGCUUUGUGAAACAUCUUUCCUCAGCAUAUAUUUAGGUGUGUGAGGUCUGUGUGUAAUGUGUUUAGAGGGAGUUAAUAACUGCGUAGCAAAUCUCUCUGCACAAACACACACACGCAUACAUAUCGGUUUGCGUUUUUAUGACUUUUCUAAAAGAGCCAUUCUUGUGAACUGGACUCGACAGGACAGGACAUAAAGAAACUCCAGUGAUAUUGAUGAAGGUUUUGCUGUAACAGCUUUCAGCUCAGCUUGCGGCUUAAUGAAAGCUGUUAUGGUUCUUCUGGACAUUGUAGUGCAUGCAGCAACACUGAGGUGCAUGUGAUGUGAAAGGAUUGCUGGCCUCACUCGCUGAAUGAUUUACAAAGGUCAAUAUUGGCAUGACGAUAUUGAAAUGAAUGCAUUGCACAUGCUUUUUGUGAACUGUAAUAUGCUUUUGAACGACACCGAUUUAAUCCUGUUGAAUAUAAAUCCUUGCAAUUGAAAUGAUCUGUCAAAUGCACAUUGCUUUGUGUCUGUUUACUUUAAUAGAUGAACUGUUCAUUCUGACCAUUUAUUGUUGUGUGUCAAUACCAAGUACUGAGCCGGGACAGAGAAUGAAUAGAAAAUGAAUGAGUGAAUGAAUGAAUAACUAAAUAAAUAAAGCAUAAUGGCUAAGGUAGAAA